AUGGCUGGCGAGUGUGCUGAGGUUCCCUACCACCUCCAACUUCCUGGGAACCAAUUGACUGGUUAUGCUUUGAAGGGCUUGCAUCACGACAUUGACCCGUUUGGGUCAUCCACAACCGUAGCUAUUGCGGAGGAUUCUCAUCUCGACCCUUUCUAUCUAGAGCACGCAUUAGACGCGUCCAAGCAGUGGGACACACGUACCAUUGACGACUCGGACGUCGAACUAGAAGACCUGGAGAACGAGUAUUUCAUGUCUUAUAUGACCGAGGACAAAAAGCAAUCACUAUCUAGUCAAUAUUAUCAUCCCACUCAGAUUGUCGCCGCUCAUUACGACACACCCUCUUUACGAACAGCAGACUGCCCAGCGACACCUGAUUUCCAAAGAACUUACAACCACCACAGCCAAAACUCCUACAGCUCAAUUCAAACCGAUGGUUCGGGCCUGACACCCGACCUCACUCCAAGCAGCUCGUUUUCAUCCACUUGCUCUACUUCCAAUUGCCCCGAAGACGUCCGAAAAGCAACCCAGCAACUAGCCCUACACAGUGAACGAGCAGCCGGUCGAGACAGGUCUCGUAGCGCCGCUCGAUUCUAUCUUCCAGCAGUUACUCCCGAUACCAAAUCGAGAGCGUGCACGCGGCCAUCGACUCCGGCCGAGCGUGCAGCAAGUUCAAAAUCAAAGACCCCAUCCUCUGAAACGCUCGUCAUGGUCCACAGGCACCCUGCCGCGUCUGCCGCAUCUUCCCUUCGCUCCAAGCCUCUCCCAAGCCUUCCACCGAUUUUGAAGAACCCCGGCCAAGCGCCUCCUAGGAAAACCCACAGCGCCGGUUCGAGGUCACAGAUCGACACCUCGCAGAUUUCGCCGCCGAGCCUAAUGAACCCAGUCACCAUGGAGCCCCACACAUCACCCUUUGAUCAUGCUCUUUUCAUUCCCGCGCACGAUUGUCCCAGUCCGGUUCCGAAUCCUUCCCCUCCUAUCACACGGCAGGCAACCAACGCAUCUGCCAUUGGGCGGCCGUCGACUUCGACUUCUGUUGCCUAUGGGGAACAAUCUGUAUGGGAGUCGGAUUCAGAUUCAGAGUCUGUUAGUGGGCGAUCACAAUCACGGCGUGGGCCUAUUGAUACACUUCGGAAAGUCCGAAGUCGCGUGCAGCUCCGACGCAUCGCUAAAUCAGAUGCCAAGUUACAUGCAGACAUCACUCACUCGCUAGACGCGGACCUUCCUGCGGCUCCCCCACCACCACAGCUACCCCAUUUACCGCUGUAUCUAGACGACCGCGGAGCGGCCAGUGUCAUCUCCAUGGCCGAUGUCCUACCCCCGCCGCUCAGCAGGCAGACUCUGCGUCUCGUGGCCCCGUCCACCACGUCGCUGGCGCCGCCCUUAUCGCGACAGAGCACUGAAAAGACCGUCACCGAAAUGGACACGUCGACCACUGCUGCCGCCAUUCAGGCCCAAAGCCGGCGCCGUCAGCGGUCCAACGCUACUGACGAAUUCCUCCCAUUCACCAAGGCGGAGACCGUCCACCAAUACUACUGUCGCCGACCCUCUUCUGAUACAGAGACUUCAUCAUUAUACCGCACGAAUGUUUUCAAGCGGAUGUGGGGGUCUCUUCGUUCACUAAACUGUAGCAACUAA